AAAAAAAGGAAAAAAAAAAAAGUCUCAGACCGCUAACAUCAACAAGGUCACAGAAUGAAUGAAUAAAGCUAAAACAAAUACCGAAUCGUUAAUAUCAAUAAUAGGGUUGGACUCUACGACUAUUCUAGUAUAAUGAAAGCACUUAUCACUUGUUUCUUGUAUGUUCAAAGAAACGCGGCACUAAUAGAAGCUGAUACAUAGACGUCGAGAAUGAUGUCCAUCUUGCAGCCUUCUGCUGAACCUCUGGCAUUUAUAAUUUGAUACAUUUAAGGUCUUUCCUCCUCCGACGUACAAAGGAAAAAGCUGUGAAGAACGGCAUAUUUUCUCUUUCAAAUUCACUCGCUUUACUCCCUUAAUCAACUCGUUUCAAUGUCUGAAGCUGAAGUCUUUUGUCCAAAUUAUGCACCGUUUUUUGGGUUUGCUGGUGUUUUCUGUGCUAUGGCAUUCAGCACAAUCGGCGCUGCUUAUGGUACAUCGAAAGCCGGCAUCGGUAUUGCUGGUAUCGGUUCGUUCAAGCCUGAAUUAGUUAUGAAGUCUUUGAUCCCUGUUGUUAUGAGUGGUAUUAUUGCUGUUUAUGGUUUAGUUGUUGCAGUGCUGUUGGCCGGUCAACUAUCACCUACCACUGGUUAUUCAUUAUACUCUGGUUUUAUCGCCUUAGCUGCGGGUCUAUCUGUCGGUAUGGGCGGUUUGGCAGCUGGUUAUGCUAUCGGUAUUGUUGGCGACUAUUGUGUUCGUGGAUAUGUCAGAGAAUCCCGUUUAUUCGUCACGAUGGUUUUGAUCUUGAUUUUUGCCGAAGUACUUGGCCUUUACGGAUUGAUUGUGGCACUUAUUUUGAAUGCAAAGGCAGAUAACAGCGUUUGCUCGGCUUGAACAGACAAUUGAUGUAAGUACGCAUCCACUGUAAGACAGAAGAUUGAAGAUUUCUGACAGAGUCUCGUCCUUCCCGCCCCCUUUAAACCGCAUAAAUGAAUAGAAAUUGGAAAAUUCAUAUCAAAGCACGAUACAUACACAUAAGUAAGAACUGCUGAGUUUUCUUUUUUUUACCAAACAAAAUAUAUAAAGCUCAUUGGAUACCAGGCAA